CCAAUUGAACGGAGACAGAGGCACAAGCACAAACACAAACACACACAAUGGCGUCGAUUUCUACUUCAAGGACCCUAUUCUUCUCCCAUUCAACCAAACUCUUCUUCUCUCCCUUCAAACCUUCUUCUUCUUUCUCUUUCCUCCCUCUCCAAUUCAGCAGAACAACCUGCACUCUCCAACACCAACAACAACAACCGUUACUUCGCCGCAACAUCAUCGAAAUACUCGAAGAAAGAGGUCUACUCGAAUCCAUAACCAGCGAUGCUCUCAGAAGCGCUUCCUCCGACCCCAUUGCGGCACCCCUCAAGGUCUACUGCGGUUUCGACCCCACCGCCGAGAGCCUUCACUUGGGCAACCUCCUCGGCCUCAUCGUACUCUCCUGGUUCCGCCGCUGCGGCCACCGCCCCGUCGCCUUGAUCGGCGGCGCCACCGCCCGCGUCGGCGACCCAUCUGGGAAAAGCCUCGAAAGGCCCGAGCUUGACGCCGAUUCCUUGGAGAAGAACACUGUAGGUAUCUCUAACACCAUCAGGAGAAUUCUGGGUCGUGCUCAAAAUUCGAACUUGGAUGAGUUGAAUGUGAGUGGUUCUUCUUCAGUUUUAAUUUUGAAUAACUAUGAGUGGUGGAAGGAAUUUAGUUUGCUGGAUUUUCUGAAACGGGUGGGUAGGUAUGCAAGGGUGGGUUCAAUGAUGGCUAAGGAGAGUGUGAGGAAGAGGUUGGAAUCUGAACAAGGGAUGAGUUACACUGAGUUCACUUACCAGUUGUUGCAGGGCUAUGAUUUCUUGCACUUGUUUCAGAAUGAAGGUGUUAGUGUUCAGAUUGGGGGUAGUGAUCAAUGGGGUAAUAUAACUGCUGGGACUGAGUUGAUUCGAAAGAUAUUGCAGGUAGAGGGUGCUUAUGGCUUGACAUUUCCUCUUCUCUUGAAGAGUGAUGGCACAAAAUUUGGUAAAUCAGAGGAUGGUGCAAUUUGGUUAUCGCCAUCCUUUUUGUCUCCUUACAAGUUUUACCAGUAUUUUUUCUCUGUUUCGGAUGCUGAUGUUAUUAGGUUUCUGAAAAUUCUUACCUUUUUGGAUAUUCAAGAGAUAGUUUCCUUGGAGGGAGAGAUGAUGAAACCUGGUUAUGUUCCCAAUACUGCUCAGCGGAGGCUUGCUGAAGAAGUUACCCAAUUUGUUCAUGGAGAAGAAGGUUUAACUGAAGCUCUCAAGGCGACUGAAGCAUUGAGGCCUGGAUCUGAGACAAAGUUGGACUGGAAAACUAUUGAAGGGAUCGCAGAGGAUGUCCCAUCUCGUUCUUUAGCUUACGACGAGGUUUUGAACUUGUCAUUAGUUGAUCUUUCUGUUUCUUCUGGUUUGUUUGACAGCAAAUCUGCUGCGCGCCGUUUGUUAAAGCAAGGAGGUCUUUACUUGAAUAAUAACAGAGUAGAUAGUGAAAGUAAGAGGAUUGAGGCAGCAGAUAUAGUGGAUGGGAAAGUUCUCCUAUUAUCUGCAGGCAAAAAGAAUAAGGUGCUGGUGAGAAUAGCUUGACAGGAUUUAUUAGAUAGCUGAAUAUUCUUUGAAGACUGUUUGUUUGCUCUGUAGUUUUGUUGUAUUCUCAACAGACCUUUGAUUUUGCUGCUACACAGAAUAUUUAAAGUUACCAAUGGAAUAAGUAUGUUUAUUGGCUACCCAGUUUGGCAUUUGAAAGAUGGUCCAACUUCCAUGAUGACAUGCUUGCAUGCUAAAGAACAUUUCUUAUUCGCAUUG